CAAUGCAGUAGUAAAGUACUAAAAAAAGCCUUAAAGAGUGUGAAGUAAUUUUCAGAUUUUCCACUGGAUAAUGGAGGGGCUAAAAGAAUUUGGAAGUCAAACCAGAAACUUCAGACUCUACUACGAUGGAAAGCACUUUGUUGGGGAGAAACGUUUUGAGUCCAUCCAUGACCUGGUGACAGAUGGAUUGAUUACUCUUUAUAUUGAAACGAAGGCAGCUGAAUACAUUGCCAAGAUGACAAUAAAUCCAAUUUAUGAACACAUAGGAUAUACAACUUUAAACAGAGAGCCAGCACACAAAAAACAUAUGCCAACCCUGAGAGAUGAACAUGAUGGCAAAGAGUCUACAGGAGAGGAUGAGGUAGCAGAAAAGAGGUUGACAUCACUCGUCAGAAGAGCAACUCUGAAAGAAAAUGAACAUAUCCCAAAAUAUGAGAAGAUUCAUAACUUCAAGGUGCACACGUUCAGGGGCCCGCACUGGUGUGAAUACUGCGCCAACUUUAUGUGGGGCCUCAUUGCUCAGGGAGUAAAAUGUGCAGAUUGUGGUUUAAAUGUGCACAAGCAGUGUUCCAAGAUGGUCCCAAAUGACUGCAAGCCAGACCUGAAGCAUGUCAAAAAAGUGUACAGCUGUGACCUUACUACGCUAGUAAAAGCACACUUCACUAAGAGACCAAUGGUAGUAGAUAUGUGCAUUAGGGAAAUUGAAUCUAGAGGUCUUAAUUCUGAAGGACUGUACAGAGUCUCAGGAUUUAGUGAUCUUAUUGAAGAUGUCAAAAUGGCAUUUGACAGAGAUGGGGAAAAAGCUGAUAUUUCUGUGAAUAUGUAUGAAGAUAUCAAUAUUAUCACUGGUGCACUUAAACUGUACUUCAGGGAUUUGCCAAUUCCACUCAUCACAUAUGAUGCCUACCCAAAGUUUAUAGAGUCUGCAAAAACCGCCGAUCCGGAUGAACAGCUGGAAAUUCUCCAUGAGGCGCUGAAACUGCUGCCGCCUGCACACUGUGAAACAUUACGGUAUCUCAUGGCACAUCUGAAGAGAGUAACGCUCCAUGAAAAGGAAAAUCUCAUGAGUGCAGAGAAUCUGGGCAUAGUUUUUGGACCAACUCUUAUGAGAGCGCCAGAACUGGAUGCGAUGGCUGCGUUGAAUGACAUCCGUUAUCAGAGACUUGUGGUGGAGAUGCUUAUAAAAAAUGAAGACAUUUUAUUUUGAAUAUUUUGGGGGUUUUGUAAUAAAAAAGGAAGCAACAGUGUUCUAUGGAUGAAGGAAUAUUUUAAAGUAAUUUAAUGGCUCUUGUCGCUGAAUUCCAUAUUUGCUAGAGCUUUUGAUGUAUUCAGGAUAAAAAUGAAGGAACUCUUUGUCAUUUCUGUAGUGCCAUUCAGCUGAUGUUGAAAAAGGUUAACACAUACUUUCCAGUACUAGUAAUCCUGGGUGUUUAUCAUGUUAAAAUAAAAAACAAAAAGCCUAAAGCUAUUGCAUGAUUUGCUCCCUGUUCUCCCUGUUCUGGUGAGACUCAUUCCAUGAAGAAAACAACUGAACUGGUGCAGCAUCUUUGUUCUGGAUAGUUUGUGAUUGUAAUUCAGCAUGUUUCUCCGUGUAAACCUGUUGUGAAUUUGCUUUUAUGUUCUAUGUAAUUGGUUUCUGAUACUAAAAAGAAGGCCGACAUGUGAAAUGGAGCCUUUGGCAGUUUAUUGACAUUUAUAUCAUUCUCUGCCACUUUCGGGGCCGAUUUCUUCUUGGGUUUCUUUCGUUUUUUUCAUCAUUAUAGUAAUUUGUUUUUAACAGAAACAAAAUGUGUACUUUAAAUGUUACUUUUAAGUAAUUCUCCAUGAUGUUUAUGGUGGUUGCAGUGAAAUCUGCAAUGCUGAGCAGUGUUCCUUUAUUAUUAUUGCUAUUUCAAUUGUAAUUUUGUAUUUUUAUCUGGCAUGCAUAUAUUAAUUUAUUAAAUUUUGCUUUUAGAACUCUAA